ACAGCUCAGCUAUUGUAUUCUACAGUCAUAAUGAAAGUAAUACGAAUAUUUGCCAUUUUGCUGAUGAUGGCAGUGUUGGUCUUUAUUAGUUGGACUAAUUAUAGACAAAAAAAAUUCUACAUUUGGAAUUCCCUUAUUUUGAAAGACUCGGAAUUAGAAACCAUGGAUGACGCUAAUGGAAUGUCAAGUUCUUUUAGUGCAAACACCAUUCUAAGAGAAGGAAAUGGAAUCUUAUUUGUGGAAACCACGGACAGAAUGUGUCCUCCGUCCCUGGUACUUUGUGCCAUUGAAUCAGCUGCCCGAGUCUACCCUGACCGACCGGUGGUCUUCUUCAUGAAAGGACUGGAGGACAUUACCACAGGAGAAGAUGAGAGGAGAGCAAGACAACAAUUUCCAACCCUGUCGUCUUAUAGCAAUGUGUAUCUCUUCCCUCUCAGAAUGGAUCAGUUAUUUGAUAACACGCCUCUUAAGCCGUGGUUUGAUAAGGUGAACCCUGAAAAAGAAGUCUACUGGACCCAUGUGAGUUCAGAUGCCUCUAAGUUUGCCCUAAUGUGGAAAUACGGUGGAAUUUACAUGGAUACUGAUGUCAUCUCACUUUGUCCAAUACCCCAGGACCAUUUUCUAGCAGCCCAGGAUGUCACAAUUACUAGCAGUAGUGUUUUUGGCCUUUCCUCACAUUACCAGUUGGCGUGGCAGUUUAUGGAGAACUUUGUUGAGAACUACAUGGGGGAAAUAUGGGGACACCAAGGGUCGGGGGUUUUCACCCGUGUUGUGAAUAAAUUAUGUGGCAUGCCCGUAUUUAAAUCUACAGAUGAUGUAAUGUGUGGAAACAUCAGUUAUUUUCAUCCUCAACGUUUCUACCCCAUCAAUUAUCCAUUAUGGAGUAGGUAUUAUGAAGUCUGGGAGAAUUUGCCAACAUUUAAGGACUCCUAUGCCUUACAUCUUUGGAAUUUCAUGAAUAAAGAAGGUAAAUCUAUGGUACCUGGAAGCAACAUGUUGGUGGAACAUCUCUACAAAAAAUACUGCCCAGCCACCUAUGGAUUUAUCUUGAAAAAUGAGAAAACAUACCUGUAACAAGGUUUGUUGAGCAUUACAAAGUCAAAUCAUGUGACUCAUUUAACCACUUCCCGCCCGGCCUAUAGCAGAAUGACAGCCGUGCAGUGGUUCCGUUAUCCCGUCCAGCAGGAUAACAGCCGUCGGCGGCGAUCGGUGGUGAGGUGUGUCUUUACCACCGAGGCUCUUUAC